AUGAUUGCUGGAACGAAAUCCGAAGAUGCUGGAGAAAAUGCUGGAGAAAAUACUGGAGAAAAUACUAUAGAAAAUGCUGGAGAAAACGCUGGAGAAAAUACUGGAAAAAACGCUGGAGAAUAUACUGGAGAAAACGCUGGAGAAUAUACCGGAGAAAACGCUGGAGAAAAUACUAGAGAAAAUUUUUUAAAAAUUAUUCCGUCGUCAAAUAAUAAUAAGUUUUGA